AUGAGCUCCCAGAAUUACCCUCUCCGACAAUCGGGCAUCUACCGGAACCUUCCGACGUUCGAUCCGUCUAUAAAAGACCUCACAGCCAUCAUUUGUGGCGCCACAGGCAUUUCCGGCUUCCACGCAUUGCGGGCCCUUCUUGAAUCUCCUGAUCGUUGGCGUACCAUCUACACCGUCUCUCGGACGCCUCUUUCUGAGCAGCAUCUGUCUCUCAUACCGGCUUCACUCCACGAGAGAAUCAAACAUGUGGCAGUGGACUUUGAAUCUUCGCCCGAGGACAUUGUGCAGUCACUGAGGAACAACAUCUCCCGCGUCGAUUAUGUCUUUUACUACACGUACAUCCAGCCAAGGAGCGAAGGGUUGUCAGGCAUGGACCCGCGCAUGGCACAGAGGCUGUGCGACGCCAACGUACCCGUGUUCGACACAUUCUUGCGCGCCAUCGAGGCGGCUGGGCUUCAGCCCAAGCGCAUCCUCCUCCAGACCGGCGGUAAGAACUACGGCAUGCACCUCGGCCGCGUCCGGACGCCUCUGGUCGAGUCUGACCCCCAGCCCCGGCAUCUCCAGCCCAACUUCUACUAUCUUCUCGAGGACCUGCUCAAAGACUUUUGUGUGCGGAACCCUACCGAAUGGAACGUCGUCAGACCGGCCGGCAUCAUCGGUGCUACGCUAAACUCCCCCCUCAACACGUUCUAUUGCUUCGGCAUCUACGCCGCAGUCCAGGCACAUAAGAAUGAAGCACUUGAAUUUGGGGGCGACUUCGACUCAUGGCAGUUCGCGGCCUGUCAUUCCACGGCCCGACUCACGGGCUAUCUCAGCGAAUGGGCCGUACUUGAAAAGUCUUGUGCAAAUCAGGCUUUCAACGCCCAAGACGGCGGUGGCCUGAGUUGGGACAGGUUCUUUCAGGAGUUGGCGCGGUGGUUCGGAGCGCCUGGCGUCACUGCUCCUUCCGCUGUCUGCCAGUAUCGCAACACCCUGGAUCUUGCAGGAGGAGAAGAUGCGCCCCUUGGCUAUGGACCCCCCUUGGUCUUGAGAAACAAGUUCACAUUGGCGGAGUGGUCUCGCGACACAGAUAAUCAGGCUGUCUGGGAGGAGAUCAAGGCUGCUUCGGGAAAGAUUGUAUCCGAAGCCAGCCUCAGCCCGGAGAUUAUGGGGGGCGACUUUGCUUACCUUAAUUUCGGUACAUUGGCCAUGAACAAGGCACGUCGGUAUGGCUUUUCAGGCUUCGUAGACUCUCUUGAGAGCAUUUUUGAGUCUUUCAAGGAGAUGGAAAGACUUGGUAUUCUCCCGCCGAUGAAGGUCAGGGCUGCGCGGCCCUUGGAGUAA